UUGUCGAGUGUCUCAGCGGCUCCAAGCAGCUUUCUCUGAACUCUCUGGUACCGUUUUUCAUGGGAGCACCCAAAUGGAGUGGAUAGUUACUACUGCGGUGUACUUGUCAGUGUUCAGAGCUUCGCUUGGUUUCAACAUUGAUCUUCCAGCUUGGAAGUCUCUCAGUAACAAUGCUGCAGGUUUUGGACACCAGGUGGUGCAAAAAUCAUCGUCAGAGUUAGUGGUCAGCGCACCACUUUCACAGUACGAGAAAAAUCGCAGGGGACAAAUAUUUAAGUGCUCCCUCGCAUCCUGCCAAGCCAUGCAACUUCAAGUGCCAGACUUUGCGGUCAACAUGUCCCUUGGUUUGACAAUGGCGAGUGAUCCUACCACGAAAAAGACCAUGGUGUGUGGUCCAACCAUUCCAAAAGACUGUCGAAGUAUCACUCUGUAUCAUGGUUUGUGCUUGCAGCUAGAUGAACUUAGUUUUCAAGUGCCAAAGUCUCUUGAAGAAUGUCAAAUCCUAGCAGACAUCGCAUUUCUGUUGGAUGGCUCAGGCAGCAUCAGUUCAACAGACUUCAGAAUUAUGAAAACUUUUGUGAAAAAUAUGAUCAAGCCCUUUGUGGGAAAAGGCACAAAGUUUGCCAUCAUCCAGUUUGCUUCAACGUCUGAGACACAUUACUACUUCAAUACUUUUGAUGUGUCUCGCCCAUGGGAAGCUUUGAUUGAUCAAAUAAAACAACAUGGAACGAUGACUAACACAGCUGCAGGCAUCAAACACGUUGUGAACAAUAUAUUCAUACAAUCUAGAGGUUCCAGACCAAACGCAAAGAAGGUGCUGAUAGUCAUUACUGAUGGAGCAUCGACUGACAGAUGGGACUUGGAAAAUGCAGCAUCUCUUGCUAACAGUCACAACAUUGCUCGAUUUGCUAUUGGGGUAGGUGACGCAUUUUCCAGCUGGAGUGCAAAGCAAGAACUGAACAUCAUUGCAUCUUCACCCUCGACAAGUCAUGUAUUUCAAGUGAGCAACUUUAAUGCACUUGAAAGAAUAAGGGACAGUUUGCAGGACAAGAUCUUCUCCAUUGAAGGUUCUCAAUCAAGUGGAGAGUCCCUGAAACUGGAAAUGGCUCAAGAAGGAUUCAGUGCAGCAUUUUCUCCUGGGGGAAUUCAGUUGGGUAUUGUUGGUGCCAAUGAAUGGAGGGGAGGCUACCAGAAAUACACCAGCAGAGGACAGAAGUUUGAUUCCUAUGAGCCAGGUUCUAUAGAACUUGACAGUUAUCUGGGUUACUCCAUGGCAGUGGCUAAAACAAGCAAAGGAAUAUUGACAAUUGUUGGUGCUCCAAGAUAUCAACACCGUGGCAUUGUGAUGGCAGUAUCAUCAUCUCGACAAAUGAUUGAUCCCUUCCCAUGGCAGUUUCAGGUUGGUGAAUAUUUUGGGGCUGAGGUUUGCGCCAUGAAUCUGGAUCAAGAUGACAUCACGGACCUAAUCCUCAUAUCCGCUCCCAUGUAUGUGGAUGGCAACAGAGAGGGAAAAGUUUAUGUUUGCGAUCUAAAUUAUUUAAACGUUCAAUGUCAUUUUGAUUCCCCGCUGGUACUGAGAGGGGAUGAUGUGGGCACGGCAAGGUUUGGGUCAUCCCUUGCCACUAUGCCUGACCUAGAUGGAGAUAGAUUGAAUGAUGUGGUGGUUGGUGCCCCUUUAGAGAAUGAUGGACAUGGCAGCAUUUAUAUAUUCAACAGCGAAGGAAGAAGAAUUAAUCCCACAUACUCAGAGAGAAUUACUGGCUCUGAAGUCCAAUCAGGAUUGAAGUAUUUCGGCAUCUCCAUCAGCCCACUGUCUUCUGACAUGAGUGGGGACAACUUACCUGAUUUAGCAGUAGGGUCAAAGGGUACAGUUGUCAUUUUGAGAUCAAAGCCUAUAGUGAUGGUAGAAGCUGUUGUGUCAUUUACUCCUAACCAAAUCCCAACUCAAAACACGGACUGCUCCAAAAAUUUAGAAAACACAGCUCGGAUAUGUUUUACCAUGACCAAACAGUCUGAAGUACAGAAAGUUCGAGCACGGAGCAAUUUCACUUUUACACUAGAUGCAACCCGCAAGGCUACAAACAGCCGAGCGUACAUCAGUGAGAAAAACCGUGAACACAGACAAUCAUUUGAGCUGAGCUUACAAAACCCACAGUGCUUCAACAUCAAGUUUUUAACUGAGGGCUGCCCAGAAGAUUCUCUAAAUGAAAUUUCAAAUGAGCUGAGGUUCACAUUUGAAGGUAUUCCAUCUUCAGACAACCUCAAACCAACUCUGGCGCGGCAGGCCAAAACUACAACCUUCCAUCCCCUGGGCUUUGAGGUCAACUGUAGAACCGGAAAAGCAUGUGUUGACAACCUUAAAGUGGAUUUCAACUUCACGAGUUCUUCUGAGGUUAAAGUGGGUAUUGAUGAACUCUUGGAUGUGACCGUGUUUGUGGAGAACAGAGAAGAAAACUCCUACAACAGCCGUGUCAUUCUCACAUACCCUGCUGGCCUGUCCUUUAGAAAAAUCACAAUUCUACAGGGACGAAUUGAAUGCACCUCAUUUGACAGCGAUAACGGUUUAUCGAGGGGAAACACCGAUUGCUCUGUUGAAAAGCCCAUUUUCAAACACAACUCCAAGGCUUUGUUCAUUGUCUCUUAUGGGAUUGAUACCCAAAGUCAACUUGACAAGACAAUUUUUGUCACUACAAACGCCACCAGCGGGAAUGUCAAGCACUCCAAAACAAGCGAGCUUUACAAAUAUAAAGAGAUUGAUGUGAAGUACAGUAUUUUUGUUUCAAUUGAAAGCACCCUCAGCUACAACAAUUUCACUUUUGGAGUAAACAAUCAGCAGAAGCCUCUCCAGCAUUCAAUCACGGUGUCAAAUGUUUUAAGAACACUGAAUAUCACUGUGGUGGUCAAAGUGCCAGUACAGCUUGGUGAAAAGGACAUCUGGGUGGAUCCAGACAGUCUGCAGAUUCCAGAGUGUCAAAAACAAAAUGACGAACCACCAAUUGUUACAGAUUUUGUGGCUGAAAUACAGAAAAAUAAGACUGUGGACUGCUCUGUAGCCACUUGUGCAGUGUUCAGGUGCAACCGUUACAUGGGAAAAAAUGAGGACAAACUUUACAUGAUCUCUGCCAACCUUAGUUCUGGAUGGACAGAACAGAUUGGACUUCGAUCUGCUAAGUUCCUCUUGAUCAGCACAGCUUCUCUGGAAUAUGACAGAAACCAGUAUAUCUUCUAUUCACCAGGAUUUGGUAACAACCCUCCUGUUCGCAGGAUUGAAGCAGAAGUGGAGGUUUAUCCUGUAGCUGACUACACUAAAGAGAUCAUCGGAGGCAGCGUGGGCGGCCUGGUACUCCUGGCUUUAAUCACAGCUGGUCUCUAUAAGGCUGGAUUUUUCAAGAGUAAAUACAAACAGAUGAUCAGUGACGCUAAUGAAGCAGGAAAGGCAGCUACACCAGAUGACGGAGCUGCGCCAGCACCAAGCAACGCCGAACAAUAAUCACAGACGUCUGUCUCUCUAAACCUCAUCUUUCAGAUUGAUCACCAGGGUACUACUAGGGCAGACAGACUGAGACUAGGGCUUAACACUCAACGUUUAGUGUAAGACUAAAUAUGCUGGUGAGUUCUGAGGACAAACUAGGCAAAUUCAAAUAAUCUUAUUAAUCUUAGUCCAAAGAUCUAACAUUUUUAGCCUGUUAGUCC